AUGAGCUAUCGAUCAAGUAUCACCGCAUCCGAAUCCACAACGAGACAGUUCGCCGGCUCGGGACGGCGACGCUUCGGAAAUCACUGGUGGCGCGUGAGAGGCGGGCACAUGUUUUAUCCGUUAACGUGCGGCGGGCGGCGCGUACCUUUUCCUGUUCGUGUGCGGCCGCUGUUAAGGUUCAAGUGCAGCCGUCGUUACGGCAGAGCGAGGGCUCAUACGCGAAGCGGCUACCGGCGUCCGCUCAGCCGCGGAGCGGACCUCGCCCACUCACAACACCACCACACUCGACCCAUUCAG